AUGGGCACUGGAAGGGAACCUGGAGGGGUUGGCAUGGCUGAGACCUUGCUGUUUCUCUGGGCAGGACUAGGUCUGUUUGGGGCUCCGGGAGAGGGAGCUUCUCAGGAUGGUUCCUCACACGGGCUGUGCCCUGUCCAGCCGGGACCAGAGGAGUAUGGGGGAUGCAGGGGAGACCAAACACCAGCCCUGGCUAAAGAAGUGGAUCUGUUGGACCUCUUGGACAUGGUUUCCCCAGACCACUACAAUGUCUCUACAGCAGAGGAUGACAGGGGCUGCUUGGCCUACGAAAUCGGACAAUACGCCACCUUGUUCCUCCCCACACACACAGCGUUUGGCUCUCAGUUUUCAGAUGAGUUGAGCAUUGUGAUGAGGCUGAGGCUAGGGGGGCUGUGGGUGGAGGAGAGGAGCCUGCUAGCGGUACUGUCAGAGGAAGGGGAGGAGUUGCUACAGCUGAGAUUGGGACCUGGACUCCUCACCUUCAUCAGUACCUGGAGUCGCCAUUACGAGUUCCCAGCAGGCCUCCUGUGGGAUGGCGAGUGGCACUGGCUGGCCCUGUCUGUCUCGCUGUCCAGACUGGAGGUGUAUGCUGACUGCAGCCUGCUGGAGAGUAUACCCUGGAGGAACUACCCCGGCCUGGAGGUCUCCACCCAGGGUCUCAUUCUGCUGGGAGGGGCCACCCAGCCCCACCACACACCCUUUACCGGCACCAUACAACAGAUGACCUUCAUAAUGGGUGAUCCUACAGCAGCCAGACAGCACUGUCAAGACUACAACUCCACCUGCAUCCCUCACACAGACAAACAGGAGAAAGUGAUUUUAGCUGCUGAGAAGGUGCUUGGUCGAGUUGCGACCAGGGCAACAUUCAGAGAAGAGUCUCAUGGACCCAGGCUGAGAGAUCAGACUGCAGUGCAGGACACAGCCAAGAACACUAACCUAUCAGCACAGUCAUUGCCAUCUGUAAGAGCUCAGUCAGUGCCAGAGACACAGAGAAAGACAAGGAUAACACCUGAAACAGACAAAUUAAAGCUCACUCAGAAGAUAGGAUGGCUGAAUGAAACUUCCACACUGCAGGAUGAUAAAGCAGCAAAGAUCACUAGAAACAGAACAGUAUAUUCACAAACCGCUGGAUCUCUUCAUCAGCCAAACCAAACCAAUACAGCCAGAGAUGUCUCUGGCAUGAAAGGUGUAGUAGUACCAUCUCAGACAGUGGAGACAGCCAUUCUCAGUCCCACUGCAUGGUCAGAAAACCCCACUGAACCAGCCCUGCUGAUCCAGGAGUCAGACAGUGAUGGAGAAUCAAUAGGCUCAGGGAGAAAUACAUCAGUGAGGUUAGAUGAUUUACAGAUCCCACCUGAACCCAAACAGGGCUUUGGGCCUACAAGACAAACAUGGUCUUUAGAACACACCAUAAAACCCAACCUUUUGGAAUUCAAGAAAAUAGAUGCGGAGGAGCUACUGAGGCAGGCUGUGAUUCCUCUGCCUCCAGUGCUACCUCCAAAUAAUAGCACUGUCACAGGGAGAAAGACAGCACUAGAGGCAGAGGAGCCUCUGGGACAAUCUCCAACACAUCAAAACACCACUGAUAUCACUUCCACAUCAACAGGUGACAAAGCUUCAAAGAGACAAAGGGGCCAAAAGACUGUGACAAAGACUUUGACAGAUUCUGGACAAGUCAUGGAGAAGGGGGAUAAAGUUUUAUCCCAGGAGCCACCCACAGAGGAUCUAGAGACAGACACAGAAACAAAGACAGAGUUCGAGUCAGCAGAAGAGAUGGACACAGAAACAGAAAUGGAAGAAGUUGAUGAGGACAAUGAUAAGGAAUUAGAGACAGAGGAAACAGAUGUAGGCAACAGAAAGUUGGGACACGACAUCACUCAAGUCAACACAAGGCAGUUUAAAAAUAAUGGGGGAGCCGUCAAAACUGAUGUUCUAACUGAGCUCAUGUCCCCGGAGCCGAGAGGAUUAGAGCGGGAACUGCCGCCUACCCCUCUGCCUCCUGCCAGUGUGCCAGGUAAAGUACACAGCAUAUGUCCUUUGACACAGUACCCUCACAGCAUGCACCCCUCAGACUCUCUGUGGCCCGAGUUUUACUUCUGUUUCCUCAGAGACACUGAGCAGAGAGGUCAAAGGGUCAUCGCCAUGACAGUAGGGGCAAGGACUCAACCUCUGACACAGGGUCUGUCUCUGAAAGCUCAGAGGAUGCUGUACGAGUCCAGGAUGAACACCCUGUCCGUUCCUGUCGUUUCAGCCAAUCACCAACCAAGACACGCACUCAAAGAGCGAGGGACAGCCUAUAGACCGGAGCUUCGAGUGCAACAGGGACUUCAGGGCCCACCUGGUUUGACAGGGCCACCUGGACCAAAAGGGGAUAAAGGCUACGCUGGCGGGAUGGGCCGGACUGGACGCACAGGUUACCGAGGCCCCAUUGGUCCACCAGGGAUGCCCGCCAUCGUAGUGUUCAAGAGCUCUGAGGAAGAGUGGGAGGCCUUCAAGAAAAAGACAUUCUACAAAAAGCUUGUUGCAACUUGGCCGAGAUUGAAGGGCCCUCCAGGGCCCCUUGGCCCCCCUGGGGAUGCUGGACCUCCUGGACCCCCGGGAAUUACUGGAAAACAAGGACGAAAAGGAGAUGGAGGAAAAAUCGGUGGUCCUGGACCACCAGGGAUGCCCGGGCCUCCAGGAAGAACUGGGAGUGAUGGGUUUGAUGGUAUAAAUUCUGAUGAUGGCCCUGCAGGACCACCUGGGGAACAGGGUCUCCAGGGUUACAGAGGAGAGAAGGGCAGCAAAGGGGAGCUGGGUGAGUGGGGUUAUGAAGGAGAACUAGGACCCCAGGGAAACAGAGGCCGGAAAGGAGACAAGGGGAAUAAAGGAAACCGAGGGCUCAUAGGGAUCACUGGAUACAUAGGAAUACCUGGAGCCAGAGGACAACUGGGCUACCCGGGAACAUCUGGACCUCCUGGAGACAUCGGUGGCAUUGGUUUUGUUGGAUCACCAGGCCCUCCUGGCAAAAUGGGGCCAAGAGGGCCAAAGGGGGUACCAGGAGUCAAUGGACCACCAGGCCAACCAGGUGAGCGAGGCCUAAGGGGACCACUCAGGCCUCAGGGAGAGCCAGGUCCUGAUGGGAUUGUUGGAUUCUCUGGCGUUCGUGGACCUCAGGGUAAAACAGGUGCAGAUGGGCCUACAGGUCCAAAAGGGGAUCCCGGUGACGCAGGUGAUGAGGGAAAUAUAGGAGAAUCAGGACUCUCUGGGCUUCACGGAGCCAAUGGCAAACCAGGAAAAACUGGACCCUCAGGUGACCCAGGGAUCAAAGCAUCUAAGAGAAGUGACAAGGGUGACCCAGGAUUUAAAGGGGACCAGGGUCGACCCGGGCCUCCAGGUAAAAGAGGCUUUAAAGGCAGAGGAGGAGCAUCAGGGCUGCUAGGUAAUGUUGGACCAGUGGGGCCCCCUGGAUUUCCUGGAACCACAGGUUAUGAUGGAGUCAUUGGGGAGAAUGGUAAGCAGGGAAAAGAUGGGCCAAAGGGUGGCAGAGGUCCUAGCGGUGGGCCAGGCGUUGUUGGACCUAGAGGUGAUAAGGGGCGAGAAGGUCGAGUAGGAUUUGCCGGUUUGCCAGGGCCUUUUGGAGAGAUGGGGAAGUCAGGAGAGAGAGGAGCUGAAGGAGAACCCGGUAUUAAGGGGAGGACUGGAAUUCCAGGAGUCACUGGACUGAAAGGGCUGAAGGGACUUCAAGGCUAUCUAGGAGGUAGGGGACUGGAUGGAACACAUGGACCCCCGGGACCCAUCGGAGGAACUGCAUCUGAUGGGGAUACUGGAUCUACUGGCCUAAGGGGAAUGGUGGGGAAGACUGGGGCACCAGGGAUUCAAGGUCCAGUUGGGAAGAGUGGGGAUUCUGGUGGUAGAGGGAUCACUGGUAAGCCAGGAAAGCCAGGAGUCAGGGGUGCCAAAGGUAAAGAGGGUCAGAACGGCCUUCUGGGAAAUCCUGGCCUGAAGGGAAACAGAGGUCAAGAAGGUUCGAAGGGGAAACGUGGAAGUCCAGGCGUGCAGGGAUUGACAGGGAUACAGGGAUACAGAGGAGCUCCUGGCAUAGCAGGCAAUAUAGGACCAUGGGGUGAGGUGGGCCUCCAAGGGCCACCAGGGGACAAGGGGCCCCCAGGAUUAGUUGGGCCCCGUGGAGUUGUAGGUUACCCAGGUAAAGAUGGACCACAGGGAGGUAUUGGGCCAUUGGCAGACAAUGGGGAUAAGGGGUCCAGAGGAGCUAUCGGACAGAAGGGAGUUGCUGGUGUCGAUGGUGAGGAGGUAGAUUGAUUAUACUGUAUUGAUUAUUUAGUCAUUCUAUUUAUUCUAAAUCUAGAUUUGGUCAUCCAAAAUACAGGCAUAACAUUUUUGACUAAAGAGUCUGAUGUAAAUCCAUUGAUCCUCAAUGGGUAAAGACAAUGAUUGCAUAAGAAGGGACAAGUGUUGCUGUGCUUUAGGGCCCGACUGGAUUGUGGGGUCCAAUGGGGCCACCAGGA